AUGAUAUUCACCAAAGAGCAGAAUGUUGAUGAACAUUUCCAAUUCAUUUCUCGUGGAGAGUCGUUCGUGAUAUUUUAUUUGCCGGACACGCACACUAUCUUACCCCCCACCUCCCUCUCUCUCCAUUUCUCUUUCUCUCGCUCUCUCUUUCUGUCUUUCUCUUUCUUUCUAUCUCUCUUUUUAUUUCUUUAUUUCUCUCUCUUUUACUCUUUCUCGCUUUCACUCUCUCUUUAUUUCUCUCUCUUUCUCUCUUUCUCUUUCUCGCUUUCUCUCUUUCUCUUUCUUUAUUUCUUUCUUGCUUUCUCUCUUUCUUUCUCUUUUUCUUUUUCUCUUUCUCUCUUUCUCUUCCUCGCUUUCUCUCUUUCUCUUUCUUUAUUUCUUUCUCUCUUUCUUGCUUUCUCUCUUUCUUUCUCGUUAUUUCUAUCUCUCUUUCUCUUUCUCGCUUUCUCUCUUUCUCUUUCUUUAUUUCUAUCUCUCUCUUUCUCGCUUUCUCUCUUACUCUUUCUUUAUUGCUCUCUUUCUUUCUUUUUUUUUUUCUCUCUCUCUCUAGCCCUCUCUUUCUUUCUCUCUUUCUCUCUUUCUUUUUUCUUUCUUUCUCGCUCUCUCUUUCGCAUUCUUUCCUUCUUUCUUUCUUUCUUUCUUUCUCUUUUUCUCUCUCUUCGGUUCCCUCAAAUGGAAAUUACUUAUGACAACCUAAUCUAUCUAUCUAUCUAUCUAUCUAUCUAUCUAUCUAUCUAUCUCCGUAUGAACCUUAUCUAUCUAUCUAUCUAUCUAUCUAUCUAUCUCCGGUAUGGACCUUAUCUAUCUAUCUAUCUAUCUAUCUAUCUAUCUAUCUAUCUAUCUAUCUCCGUAUGA